AUGCGUGAUCUUCUGGCCGCUGUAGUGGCCCAGCAGCAAGACUAUUCUCGCCGACUGGAGCGCAUAGAGGAGGAGCAAGCUAUGAGAUCAGCAGCAUCCGGCUAUGCUGCAGGGCCUUCGGCUUUCCUCAGUCACGGCCUCUCAACCGAAGUUGUCGGCCAUGAGGGCUGCGAGCUCUACCGAGAGACGCGGCUUUGGAUAAACAGAACUGGCACUUUGCUUUCUGAUGUGGAGGUGGACCCCAUAGUGCCGAUGGGUUGUUUGGCUAGUGAACUAAGGUGCAAUGUGAGCUGGGAGGGCUCAUUGUGCCGAGUAUGGCAUCCGGGCAGGGGGUGGUUGGACAUCACCAUGAUUGACCAGUGUCCUUAUGUUGAUAGGUCGGUCGCGCUAGAACUUAUUCAAGAGUUGGAGAUUCACAGAGCCGUCAAUCUUAUUCAAGCGGCGCGGUUGAGACUCAUAAGCGAUCGUCAGCAGUUGGACUUUACAGAGGUUUGGGCCAGUCUAAAGCGCAGUGCUCGCGAAGUUCUUGUGGCAGGGCGCGAGGAUGAUUGGUUGCGAGAUUUUGAUUCCGCGUUCUUCGGUGUUAUGGCUUCGCUGUUUUCGGAUGCUCCAGAGGAUAAGGUCAUUGAGGCUAUUGGCACUCCUUCCUUCUGGAUUGCGGGAGAUGAGACUCCUUGGAAUCGGAGUGAUUACAGAGUGCUUUCGAUUGACGUUGCAAACGGCCAUGACCUUCUGAGCCACGGGGUGCGGCAGUGGCUAGUUGAGGAUCGCGGGGAGUUUCCGGAACAGGUCAUUUUCCGUAUCGCGCUGAUUGCCGGGAGUGCCUACGGGGGGUAUCUGUUUGUUGCUUGCUACACUUUUCCUAUAGAUGAAGAGACUCAGGAAUUUCUGUGGGAGAGUACUAAGCCUUCGGAGGCGGCUGGGAUUCAAGAUGACGCAGAUCCCAACAGUACGCAACCACAGAGCCCAGCUGAUCGGAUAGAUGGUGUAGGUAAGCCUUCGGAUGGAGCGAUUCCGGAGGACUGUAUGGAGUAUGAACCAUCAGAUGAUGACGUAGAUCCUGAAUCGGGGAAGCCAGGUGGGAUGCCGGUAGGAGUCACAGACGAUGAAGGCGUGCCUGAGUAUGAUCCGGAAUCGGGGAGGCCAGGCAGGAUGCCCAAGGAAGUGACGGACGAUGAAGGUAUGCCCGAGGCUGAUGAUGCAGGGUUCUUUGAUACAGAGGCGGUUGAUGCGAUUCCUAAGGUGUGCCGAGUUUGCCAAGAAGAGGCAGAGGACAACACUAGGUAUUGGAAGCAGUGCUAUGCUACCAAAGUAGAUGGAAUUAGCAUGCGGCGCCUUGUGUUUGUUGAAACGCUUCCGAGGCGUACCAAGGAGGAGGUUUCGGCAGCGUUAUCCCGAACUCUGACGAAACUGCAUCAGUGGCAUUUUCCGGUCUUGCGAUUGCACACGGAUAGGGGAGGAGAGUGGAUGAACAGGAUGGUGCGGAAUGUAGCUGACAGCCAUAACCUUGUUCAUACUUGCACGGAGGGACAUGAUCCUUCAAGCAAUGGACGAGCAGAAUCGGCCGUAGGGUUGAUCAAGGCUGCUAUUCGUUCUCGUCUUUCCACUCCUCCAGGGUUUGGUCCUUCUUAUUGGUCGCUUGCCGCGCUGGAUGCCGGAGAGGGCCUCUUGCGCUCAGAGCUUGCCAAAUUUGAUACAUCAGUCAGAUCUUUAAUUCCUUGGGCCACGCAGGUGUGUGUACGUGAGAAGAAGAAUGAAGAGAAUCACUGGUCCAGUCGGUUUGUCAACGGUUUCAUCGUGGGUCCUUCCAGUUACACCCCGAAGGGUUACACCAUUGCAUUGGAGCCUCUUGAUGAUCCGAAAUUACUGGUAUCUACAACUAUCAGGUUGAACCGACCGUUUAACGCUCUUCCAAUUACCCUUCCGGGCGAGGUUUGGCGGGUUGAUCCCGACCGUCGGACUCGAGGCAAGACAAGCCUGAUAACCCCGAGGGAUACGGACGCUGCUUUAGGAGACUUAGCUGUGGUAGGUGGAGAGGUUGCACGUGUGUCGGAAGCCGGGCAUGACCGGCUACAUGAGGCACCGGGUGCAACAGUGGUCGGGGGUGCGGCGGAUGUCACUGACGAUGGGGAUUUGUUUCCUGAGCUUUUCGCUCCUAUGGCAUUGCGCAGAAUCCGGGGCGGAGACCAGGGUUUUAGUGUUGAAGUGUCUGAGGGGGUAGCCAAAACCAUGUUGGAAAAGCAUCAGUUGGACACCCUUGAAGUUGCGAGCGUAGUGUAUACAUCUCUGUGCAGCACAGCUAAGAAGGGUAGCCGAAGCAUUGAUUCUGAUGUGCUGGGCAACUCUCUUUCGUGGGUUAUCUCCUUCGGGGCGUUCUGCCGAGGAUCGCAGGUUGGCCUUAUUACGGCUACUAAGGUGCGUCCCACGUUGCUUAGGCUGCUCAAUCGCUUGGUUGCGAGCUUCGAUGCCGCGCACGAGUAUACAGCAUUGCGGAUUUCGUUUAAUGCAGUGGCUGAAUUGCAUCGAGAUGUUCAUAAUCAGCAUGGUUACCGAAACAUGGUCGUAUGUCUUUCGGAGUUUGCGGGGGGCAGAGUCAUUACACCGGAUGGGCCAUUGGAGUACAGCGGUGGCAAGGCCUACAUCGAUCCGCUUGUUCCUCAUGGCGUGGAGCCAGCUAUAGGACCUAGGUUGGUUGUCGUUGCGUACACUCCGGGUUUUGCUGCAAAGCUUUCCGUUCUAGACAUUCACAAUUUGUUGUCCUUAGGCUUUAACGUUCCUGCUCCGUAUCGCCCCAACCCUUUGGCACUGAAACCUUCUGUCAGGGCCUUGCAAGCUAGAGUCCAAGAUGAAGUGCAACAUGGGGGAGUCCGCGGUACAGAUGGUGCUCUAGAGUGCCCGUGCGCGGCAGUAGAGCCAGGACAGGAGCUAGGAGAGGAUAGCACCCGAUACUUUGUGUGUGCCGUGUCAGCAAGUGCGGGGCCACCCGAUCGGACAUCGGGGGGGAGUCUUGAGGCUGCCUUUGAAUGCGGUGACCGCCAUGAUAUGCUGGACUAUUAUGCUGGUUAUCGUGGUGUGUGUGAUUCAUUCCGAACUUACCGAUGUGACUAUCAGUCGCAAAAUGCCAUGUCAGUGCUUGGGUGGAUGGCCCAGUACGAAAACAUGAUAGUGGAACCCACAAGCAGGAUGAUUAAGGUAGUCCGGCUUAGGAAGUUGGCUGAGGCUAUCGAUCCCGAUUUGGAUGUCACGACUAGGACCCUUAUGCAGUUGCAGGUUGAGGCUGCGCUUGAAGAGUUGGGGACGAACGAUCUUCCCAUCACUGGGGAGCCUGCUCCGGAUAUCUUGCUGCAAACUCAACAGGUUUCCUUAAAUGAAGUGCGGCAGGACUUGUCUGCAUGGAAGGAUGCAAUCGCGGAGGAGCUUACUGCUUUGAUUACCGUGCAUCAGGCUGUCCGUUUGAUUACGAAGGCGGAGUUGCAGGAAUUAGAGGCCAGUGGUGUAAGGGUGCAGGUAGUGCCGGGGAAGUUGGUGUUCUCCAUUAAGGCUCCGGAUAGGCGUAAACGUGCGCGUCUAGUGGCCUGUGGAAAUUACCUCCCGGACGCUCAGUCGUCACAUACAGGCCUUAUCAACCCGGCAUCGUCAAGUUCAUCAGGUCCUUCUUCUACGGCUGCUAAGGCAGAGAGUCGGAGAGAGAUUUAUGCCAGUGGCUUGGAGGCUGAAAGCUUGCGGUUACAACUGAGAUGGGCAGCAGGUUCUCGGUGGGAUGGAGUAGUCAUUGACGUCAAAACGGCGUUUUUGCUUGCGCCAGCUCGGCGACGAGACGGUUCCAAGAUUGCUGUGGCAGUUCCUCGUUUGAUAAUUGAUGCGGGACUUCUUGAUCCCCAAACCUAUCUUCUGGUAGACCGCGCACUUUAUGGACUCGUCGAGAGUCCGGCUGAUUGGUCGGUGUAUCGUGAUUCCACAUUGGCUCAGUGGUCGUGGACUGGACCCGGGGAGAGUUUGCGCAAACUGCGACGAUCUGAGGCCGAUCCCUCAAUCUGGUUUGUCCUGGAAGCUCUUGAAGGUAAGACUGGGUGUAUCGAGUUUCGAGACGAAUGGGGAGAAAUAUUAGCCAUCUUGGGAGUGUACGUUGAUGAUCUUCUCUUAACUGGGGCAACGGACGAACUUUCUUUCAUGAUAGCGGUUGAGCGGGGAAGUGAUGGAGCGUAUCACCUCCAUCAGACCUCGUACUUGAGUGAUCUGGUAUCUCGGUAUGCAUUGCCUGUCGAGUCUUCUCUUCCGGACUUUAAGACCGGUUACGAGGAGGAAGAAACGUUGAGUAUUCCUCUUCUGCGCCGUGCGCAGAAACUAGUCGGUGAGCUGCUCUGGCUAUCGGGUAAAACACGUUUAGACGUGUCAUACACCGUGAGCAAGCUAGGCCAAUACUGCUCAAGGUGCCCUUCUUCGGUGUACAGGGAUGGCUUGAAGACGCUGGCAUAUCUGGCGAGGACCUCCCAUCUACAACUCCGGUAUGGCUCCUUUGAUGAACCUUGGCGCGGCCAGGAGCCGCUAAGAUGUGCACGGAGUCGAUGUACGGUUGAGGGAUGGUCGGACGCAAGCUUUGGUCAGGAUGACGGUGGCCGAAGCCAUACAGGUAUUCUGUUGGUGAUCGCAGGCGGUGCGGUCAGCUGGCACAGUAGCCGCCAAACGCUGACGGCACUUUCAACGGCCGAAAGCGAAAUCAUUGCCGCCGUGGACAAUAUGGUGUUAGCGAGAGCAUUGACUCCCCUCUGGGCGGAGAUGUGCCGGCAAGAGUUGCGGUGGACUCAAUGUAUCGACAAUGCUGCAUGCAUCCAGCUACUUAUCAUUCCCGGAGGAGCGUGGCGGACGAGACACCUCAGACUACGUGCGAGACACUUUCAUGAAGCUAUAUCAGACGAGGCGUUGAUGAUCCAACAUUUACCAGGCAUUGAAAUGAUUGCCGAUUGCCUUACAAAGGCGAUGCCAGAAUCCCGGUUGUACUUUCUCCUUGACUUGAUAGGCUACGUAUGGAGUGAGGGCUCGGAGGCAUCACAUGAUGAAGCAACUCAUGUGCAGUGUGAGUCUAGUUGUGUUUAUGCCGCACCGGCCAACGCUGACCCUAGACUUGCCAUGUUAGUUGCUGCACUGGCUAUCGCCAGUCAGGUGGGGCAGGUCCAAGGCGCUCGUGUCCAGGAUGAUGACAAUGAUGAUUCUUUCUCGGCUCUUUUGGAGUCCGAAUGCUUGCUUGCGGUUGCGCUGAUCUUCGCAUGGGAAGUCGCUAAGUUCAUUGCGCUGAAAGGCGUCAAGGGCGGAGCUUGGGCUCUUGGUUGGUUCCGGGCUAGGUUGUGUCCAUGUAGGAGCCUCACUGGCAGUCAUCAGCCCAAUGUACAGACGGUCUCACUAGGACAGCAUCAGGUGCAGUCCUACCGGAAUGCGGCUUUGCGGCACAUGGAGCAAGAGAGGCUGUAUGGAAGGCAGCUGUUUGGAAGUAGCUUUGGCUGGGUUGAUGGCUGGGUUGACCCUGGACCGUUUGACCGCUGGUGCUAUGAUGAAUCAAGCCACGUGUUGGUUCGGUUCCACAGCUCGUCGAGAUCGCAGCUGUUUCAUGCACCAGCAGAGAUAGUCAACAGCUUUCCGUAUGUGCAGCUGACAGGUCGUCGAAAGACUUGGUAUCUCUACGAAGGGCAUUUGCCUGACUACGUACUUGACACUACUGAGUGUGGGGCUCGUAAGCUGUCUCAGCUCUGGACGGGACGCACGGAGUUUGAAGUUGCGCGAAGGCGACCGUGA